ACCAGAUUAGCUAAAGCUGUUAGCCUGUUCCGGAGCAAGCAUGGGAUAAAUCACCAUGGCAACUGCUUUUGAAACCGAAUUGAGGCUUAUUUAAACCAGGUUAUCCGGAAAAUCCCGGCUUAAUCCGCUAUUCUGGUUUAACGAAACAUCCCUAAUCACUGCUCUGGCUUCCUGUCCCCAGUCUUGGUCUUCUUUCCUGUCCUCACUCAGCAGGCGUGUCCUGCCGUCUCAGAUUAUAAAUGAGUCUCUUUGUUCCGCUCAGCGUCUAAACCGGGCCGACGGACUUCACGCAAAAGAAGAAUUUGCUUUGAGGCUUCUGCUGGUAGGAAGCUUCUAUAUGUGGGAGCUUCUGUGAUUGGCUGCUUAGUUGUGACAUCACACAGGUAAAAAACAAAGACUUGAACCUGUUCUGUCACGUCAGAGGUCGUGUUCUUCAGAGCAGGAUCGGUUCUGAUCCAUCAGCACUAAUUGUUUUUAACCCUUUGUUGACAGAUGUGCGUGUCAAGGUAUCUGUUAUAUGUGGGUGUGGCUCUGGUUCCCAUGGUGAUCAUCUGCAUGGUGUCCAACAUCCUGCUGCUGUUUCCAGAGAUGACGUACCACUACCUGUUUGAUGGCCAUGUGACCAGAGAGGCCACCUGGGCUACAGGGCUGUGGGCCUCCGGCUUCCUGGUUUUACUCGGAGCGAACGCCUUCAUCAAGCGCAGCAGAACCAGAGGCUUCAUUGCUUCCAGGACUCAGAUGUUUGGUCUGGCCCUGUACUCCUGCCUGGGGCUGCUGGCUGCCGCCGCCUGUUGUAUGGUCAGCGCCACCGGUCUGGUUCAGGGUCCUCUGUGUCUCUACAACUCGUCCUCCGGUCUCACUUGGGGUGUCCCCCUGAAGCCCGUCCCCAACAGACACGCCGGGUACCUGUACAACCAGUCGAUGUGGUCUGGGAUCUGCUUGAAGCCGGAGUCGGUGGUGGAGUGGAACGUGGUUCUGUUCAGCAUGAUGGCGAUCUGCAGCGCAGCGCAGGCCGUCCUCUGCGGGCUGAACAUCCUGAACUCCCUGGUGGGGUUGGUUGUGGGCCAGGGGAUCCGGCCAUGACCAGGUCUCUCCAGAUUCAGAAUGAGGAAGUCAGGGUCUUCACAGCAAACAUCAGACCCUUCAAAAUAAAAGCACAGAUGCACUUUACCUGACCAAUAGCUCUUAUGUCAUCAGUUUUACUCUGUGGUGGUUCCAGAGAGUAAAACUGAUUUAUGUCUAUGAUAAAUGUAACAUAAGUUAGAUUUACUGAUUUCAUCAGCAGCCUGAAGAUCAGAACGAUUCAGAUUUAUGAAGGUUUUAUUUAUUCCUGUAUUUAAUAAAGCAAUAAAGUCAAAGACUCUGAAUAACUACAACUCAAAAGAAAAAUGAC